GUGUUGGUGGUGGCGCGGGGUAGGAGGUGUCGCUACCGCUGCCCCUCCGCGCUCUCUCUCACACACACGCACACAACUGUCGCCUCGGUGUCUCUCCUGCUACCUGUGUUUCGGUACCAGUGUUGCGGAGUUGUCUCCACGACCAACAUGGCUUGAACGUCAAGGAACUCGGAGUACACAGAGCUAAACAUAAGAAAAUGAUGCAUUAGUGUACCAAACUGCGUGUGUUGUGACUCAGUGCGGGACUCACUCGGGUGCUGGCCGGCGGUGAUGAUCACACCAACCAUGUGACCUGUUGAUCUGGGACCAGAGUGAAUUAUUGUCAUAUCAUUCACUGGAAGUAGAGAGGAGCAGCGUGCUGCGUGCGAGGGUCGGGAGUAACAGUCCUCCGAGACAGUCCUACACACACCGUCAUCACGGGUGAAAUACACAAUGCUUUGUCGAGUAAAUUGGACAGUAACGAGGUGUGUGAGGUGAGGACCCUUGAGAUACAACUGCCUCCGUCAGGAGCCACAUUCCCGGGUCCCGCGUGCUGGCCGGUCAGUGGGGCGGCCGCUGCCACCCAUUAUUAUUAUUAUUAUUACUUGAUCUUGCGCAUAGUGGAAGUGGCGACUUGGCAAGGGCCGCCACCACCACAUCAACACCCUCCACCAUGGGCAGGAGGAAGAACAAAACCAGCAACAACCACCACAGCAAGAAGGGUAGCCAGUCUGCCAGUAAAGCAGAAGCUGGACUAAAGAAGAAGGGUCCAACAGCACCCUUGGACUUUGCUGGCCCUCCAGGCAAUCCAGAACAGGAGGCUGAGGGCCAGAAGGAGACACUUGUUAUCACUCGAGAAAACACAAGCAGUCUCAGCCCACCGUCAUCCCCAAACUCUCUCCCAUCUGAAGCUUCCUCACAUAGCUUAAGUAAGGAGUGUGACACUACCUCGACCACUGAAGACACCAGCUUUGCAUCGUGCCUGACGGGGGACCCCAGCUGUGCUUCUGAGCUCUCUCCAGCAUCACCUGUGAAAGACUUAUCUCCAUCACUUUUUUCCAAGAAUUCUGGUGGUGAAGCUUGUGCAGCCGAAAAGUCUAUUAAUUCUGUGUCUGACUCUGUCGCUCAAAACAGUGCCCAAAAUGGGGUUAAAAAAGAUUCAGAAUACGAAAGUGCAGAGGAACUUGAUCUCUCUUUUGAACCCACCUCAAUUGUUACAGUUCAGCCAUCUACUAAAAAGUCUCAAAGUCCAGUUACAAAUGAGGCUGAGGUUAAGAAGCAAGAGGCAAGCGUGGUACUUGGUGUAUUAGAGACAUUUGAUGACACUUCAGUCCAUGAAGAAAGUCCUCGCACACAGAUUGAAAUAGUACCAGUUGUUUUUGAGAGUCCUGUAGUUAGUGAAGAGAGUACUUCAGUAAUACUAGAUAAAGAAAGUGAUAACUUGGCACUUCAACAUUGUGAAAAGUUACAGAAUACUGUGUGUGACUCAUUAGUGACUGUAACCAAAACUGAAAUUAUUGAAGAUUCUAUAAGCAAAAGUACUGAUCUUUCAGAUCAGCCCGUGAUUAAUUCUGGUAGUGAGGUGAAUGGAGUGUUAACUUUCAAUAUUUGUGCACAGUCAACAGAAAAUCAAUGUACCUCAUUAUCACUUGAAAAUAGUACUGUUAAUAGUGAAGAAUCUAGUAAUACUGAUGUGGAAAUAGAAAAUUGCAAAUUUCAGGCAUCUGAAUCUCAACCAGAAAAGUUAAUAAGUGAAAUAAAAGGAAGUGAAGAUCAGUUGGACACACCCGAUAAUGAUGAAUACAAAGUAAAAGACAAUGAAAGCAAUUGCGAUCUUCAGUCCAACAAUCAAAUUGAAAGCAAAACCAGUGAAAGUGAACACGAAAGUAUAGUACAAACUGAUAAUCGAAUCCUCAGUGAAGAUCCAAAUAGCUGUAAUACCACUCCAGUUACAGAAAAAGACAAAACCAAUUCAAAUCUUCAGUCCGACGGUCAAAUUGUAAGCAAAGUCAGCGAAAAUGUAGUACAAGCUGACAUUCAAGUCAUCGGUGAAGAUCAAAAUAACUCGAAUACCACUGAUGUUAUAGUAAAUUUGCAAAGUGAACAGGUAGACAAUCAGCAAAGCAAAGAUACAGUAAAUAACAACUCGGAGUUGGCCUUUGAAGAGAAAUUGUCAAGUAUAGAAACUUUGGAGGCACCUCAAGAGAAACCACCACAACCAUCGGAUAACUUCAUAGAUCCAGAGGAUAUACCUAUUAUUCCACAGAAGAGCUAUAAUCUUGACUUUCUGGACAAUUUAGAUGAUCCUAACUUUAAUCCGUUUGCCACAAAGACUUAUAUUAGAAGCUCUCCACCACCAAGCCCAGAGCCUGGUUGUAAACUUCCUCCAUUAAAACCUGCAAUACAAAAAAGGAAAUUACGAGAAGAACCUAAAAAAGCUCCAUCUGAACCAGCAACUGAAACCACAACUCGAGGGAUUAAUGUGGAAAAUCAGAUAAAGCAAGAAAAACAAGAAACUAACACAUUUGAUGCUUUAAAACUAGAAACAGAUAAUAAUUUACAAGUACCUCAUACUGCACCUCUUGAUGAGUUUGCUAAGAAUCCUGAAAACCAGUCACAAAGUGUGGAACAAAACUCUGAACAGCUACUUGAAAUCACUUUUGAUGAGCCUGUGAGUAGACCUCCUAGAAAACUUGGUAAAAAGCCUCAGUUAAAGCAGAAGAGAUCACCUACUGCAAAAGCUCCUCCAGAGUCAAAGCCUAUUGAGAAAAACAACAACAGGCUCGAGGAAAAAACUGUAUCCGAACCUGAAACCAAAUUUGACCAAGAAGAAAUUCCUAUUCCCCCAUCAAAGGGAUACAAUUUAGAUUUCCUUGACAAUCUUGAUGAUCCAAACUUCAAUCCCUUCGCAACAAAGUGUGCUGUAAGUAAUUCGCCUCCUAAAGAAGACCUUGCACUUACAGAAGACAAAAGUAAGGACAAACCAAAGGCUAGUACACCAAAGAAAGCCCCAGCAAAGAAAGGAUUUACUGUCAUUAAGAACAAAGCCAAAACUAAAGUCCCUUCUAUAGAUGAUACAGAUUUAUCUAAGGAAAUAGUUAAUGUUCCUGAAGACUCCGAUAAAGGUGUGAAGUUUGCUGAAGAGAAAGAAGAUACACCUCUAACACCAAAAAAAGAUUAUAAUCUUGAUUUUCUAGAUGAUCCAAACUUUGAUCCUUUUCAGUCAAGAUCGCCUCUAGACAAAAAUACUUCAACUGUUCGUGAAUCUGACUCUUCUAAUAUAGUGCCAAAAGAUAUUGAUACUGCCAAAGUUAAUUCUGUGAAUAUUCAGACAAAAUCUGAUACUGAAUGUGAUAAAGAUAGUGCUACAGAUUUUAGGACACAAGUUGAGUAUAGCAAAGAUUCUCUGCCAGAAGCUUCACAAGAAAACAUAAAAGAAGAAUCUUUAUUGGUAAUAAGUAAAGAGGAACCUAGAGAAACAAACUAUUUGAUUGAGAAGGAAGAUAAGCCAGAGGUUAUAGAAUCUAAUGUUUCUGAAGAAGAAACCCGUGUUUCAAUAGGAGAUACACAGGGUUGUGACGCAAAGUCAUUAAUUUCACAAGAGGAAGUUCAUAGUGUAAUAGACAGUUCAAAGAAUCAAACUGAGGAAAAGUGUGAAGCUGGUGCAGAACAUUUACAGUUGAGAAGCUCAUCCGUAUCAGAGGAUGAAUGUCCUGCAGUGCUAAAUAAAAGUCCUGAACCAAAACUAGAUUUGGAAACUGAAGAAUAUACAAAUAAAGAAUUUAAGGAGAAUAUCUCUAAUACAGAAAUAGAAUUAAACCUUCCCAAAGUUCCAUCCAUUGGUACAAUUGGUCAACUUGACAGUCUUGAGUUUGCCCAGCUGCUUGGCAAUGAAGCCAGUCGUCUUGCUGAGGAGUUUAUGAACUGCUCCACUGAUUCUGGAUUGCCUGAUUCGGAUGAUAGCAGUUAUAUCAAGUCCCACAACAUAGAGUCUACCAUGGCAGACAUGAAUUGCACAAAGUCACCACAGUAUGGAGCUCGUCUUGAUGAAAAUGUCAACCCCUUCCAAAAACAUUCAAGGUUAUCAAGGUCUCCACCUUUGGGCAAAAGAGAGGCAGUUUGUGGAGCAGAAAGUGGAGAUGUUCCUAAUGUGCAUGACCCCUUCAAAGCAAGAAGAUCACUGAAACGAGAGAGUGUCAUGGGAGAGGAAAGAUUGGACACCCUAAGUCUGGAUGACGACUCUGGAAUAGUGCUGGGAACUCGUUCCGACUUGGAGACAGAAGUCAAUCAUAGUGAAGCUGGACCUGAAAUUGCAACAGGUCUUACCUCUAGUGACCUUAGAUGUGCAUCACAAUUGAAAACGGAAGAUGAAGCAGAAGAAAUGCGUGAUCAAAUUACAGAUGAAGAGUUCCUUGCCUCGGAAACAUUUUUCAAAGAAGCGACUGAUAUGGAGAACCAGCUGCGUAAAUCUUUGGCAACACCAUUGAUGGGAAGUCACAGUAAACUGAGUGGAGAUGAAGUGACGCCCACCAGAGACAGAAGAGACCACCCAGCAGUUACUCCGGUCUCGCCUCAACACAAGCAAGUCCCGUCCACAUCUUCCCCUGCUCCACCGCGUGAGGAAAGAUCAGCUCCUGAAGGGACCAGUAGUCCUACACCCCGUCCGAGUGAUACCUCUGAGCGCAAGUCCUCAUCACGUCCUUCUUCCAUCCCACCGGAGGGUUAUGUGACUGCUGCUGAGGUACAAGAUCUCCUGAAGCGUCAAGAGUUAAAGUUUGAAGAAAAACUGCUUCAAGUAGAACUAGCGGCUGGAGAGAAGGAGAAACAGUUGCGGGAAACCAUGAAGGAUGAGCAGAAAGAGCUGACUACCCUAGGAGAGUCUAUGGCUGAACUGACAAACUCACGUGAUGCAUUGUUGAAGAUGGUGGGUCAGUACAAAGGAAUGCUAGCCUCUCUGGUUAGUGAGAAAGAGAAGGAAAAACAAAAUGCUGAUGAGAGAAUUAAAGCUCUAGAGGUUGAGAGAAACCAGGCCUUGGAGGACCUGGCUAAUGUAGAGGUUGCUUUCUCUGAUGUUCACAGAAAAUACGAAAGAACAAAACAAGUUGUGGAUACGCUUAGAAGAAAUGAGGAGACACUCCGUGGGGCCGUUGCAGAUUAUGAGACCAAACUACAGAAACAAGAACAAAAAUUUAUAGAAUUCCAAAAGCAUGCAGAAGAGAAAAUUCAAUUAGCAAAUGAAGAAUUUGAAGCCAUGCGGAAAGCCAAUGAUCAAGAAAUGACAAAAAUGGCAGCACUUCUUAAAAAGGCAGAAAUGAAGAUCAUGUCCUUACAAGAUUCCUUUGACAGAAAAACUCGUGAAAACCAAGAAUUAACACAGCUCUGUGAUGAUCUAAUUAACAAAGUUGGAUCCUCACACUAAGGAAUACAAUUCAGAUAAAUGGUGAACUUUAUUAUUGUGAAGUGUGACUAUAAGCACCAUGAUGAUGUAACAGUGAAAGUAUACCCUGUUUAUCAUUCAGUGGGAGAAUCUGUGAUGACAUUGCCUAAAAAUGGGGUCUGUAUAUUUUCUUUUAAUUGUUCAUUUGUUAUUGAAGUUUAUUUAAAUCUGCAUCAAGGUAUUUAAGUUGAAAACCAUCAUAAUUUACUUGUGACCUGACAUUACAAACAUGCAAAUUUAACAACACUGAAGCACUAAUAAUAUUAUCAAGUUGUUCUUUUAAAUGUUAUUUAAUUUGUCUUUAAUUUUGAAUUACAGUACUAAAAAUUGACACACACCAAGAUCUAUUUUUAAACUGGUAAAUGUGUCAAACAGUUGCCCUGGAUUUUUUUUUUGCCCAAGCCAUUGUACAUAUCAGAUAUAGUAUUUAAAAUUGUCUAGAAGGAUUUUGUGGUCCCUCUAGUGAUAAGUAGCCUGAUGUAUGGCAUUAUGGUCUGAACUGUGUCCCUGCCAUCUGUUGCAAAAUUGUAAAUAAUCAUACAAUACGGUGUAUAUGCUUUGCCACGAUAAUGUUCCUCCACUCUAGACUUCAUGUACUUGAAGAUAUAUCUACAACAUAACUGCAUACACUCCUAGAAUUAAAGUAAUUGCAGAUGAUUAAUAUACUUAUCUUAAAGGCUUUCACUGAUGGAAAAGUUUUGUACUUUUUCUAUUUUGUGACAUUAUAAAUGAUUACAUAGCCAUUCCCUGGACUGGCUCUUACAAGUACCCUAAUAUCCAAAAUUUGCUUGUGUUAAUUUGCUUUUAAGAUCGCCUGGUCAAGAAAAGAUUGUGUAGAACUAUAUUACUCAUGGAUGAAUAAUACCAGAACAAGGAUCUGUACAGAUAGUAUUUUCUGCGUAUUAUUAACAAAAGGACAAGAGGGUUAGGGCUGUGAUAAUGCACUAGUUUCAGCUUAUCAGCAAAAGCUGCCAAAAACCUGCCAUUUAGAUAUACAGUAUUGAUAUAUUAUUAGAUGCUUUACCAGUUAUAAAAUAAAGCACAAAGGUUUAUUCACGACAACUGUUAAUAACUUGGUAGUAGAGAGCACAAAGUGCUGAUAGCAAAGUAAAGAAAUGCCAAGAUUUAAAUACAGUACUUGAGUAUUUGUAAAUGUAAUUUUUCCUGUGAGGGCUUUAUCAGAUCUAACAGAUAUACAAAGCUAGUGUUUUAAAUGUGAACAACUGAGAAAUGGUGAGGUCAGUGAAUUCAAUGUGAGAGACAUGAGGGAUUGCAUGUUACAACAUGUUUCUGAAGUACAGUAUUAGUUUAGCAAGAGGAGUAGCCAUGUUAAACUUUCCUUCCUUGCUACAUCAUGCUGAACUACUGUCAUAAAUUGUAACUAAAUUCCUUCACUUGCUGACCUUAACCCUUUCCCAUUUUCUUCUAAUAAGCCUGAUUAAUACAGUAAUUUCAUGAAGCCAUAAUAGGUGAAAUAUUGUCUACAAAUUGUCUAAAUCUUAUCUUGGGAUUUCUUUACAUUGUUUUUAAAUUGUACAGAAGAGGGAUAUAUUCAGUUUCAAGACUCAUAAUGAUGAAGAUUGUGAAAAAGUGGAUAACAUGAAUCUGAAUUGGUUAGAUGAAAGUCAGUUUCAUUGUUCUUGUGUUUUUAAAACUUAAUAAUUCAUCUUCCUGUACAAGGUGUAAUAAAAAUCAGACUAAACAUGAGUGAAAGCACUGAGGGUUGUGAAAGUAUAAUGCAUUAUACAAAUGCAUGUCUGAAGUGUCUCAAGUCUUUCCCUCUGAGUAUUGCAUCAUCUCAAUUUCAGUGUUGCAUAAUAGGGUGAAGCGUAGGUAAACAUUCGACAGCAUUUUUCUGUGCAACUAAUAAUUCUUAGACACAGUCUCAUAGAAAUCCAUGGUUCACUUGUGAAAUAUUUGUAGAACAUUAGGCCUUCAUUGUUAUAUGUAUGAUAAUGACGUAGCCACGGCUGCAAUUUGCACUAGAGAGCAUGGGAAGAGGCGAUGAACUUAAUUGCAGGACACCAGAUGUGGACUUUAAGGUGCUAUAUUCAAUUUUGCAACCCUGAUCAGUUUGACCAUAUAUUCAGUUGAGCUUUUUUUUUAAUUACACCUUAUAUUAUAACUCGCAAGCCUAAUUCAAGCUUGAAACAGCAGUGUUUUGUCACUAUUUAAAAGAAGCUACAAACAAAAAAUUAUAACUUAAAAACAGUGCUUUUCAGCCUUCUCAUUAUUUUGAUACACACAUGCAGUACACAGUACAUAUAUACAAUACAAAUUUAUUGUGUGCUCCCACAUUCAUGAAUCAUAUUUGUGGAGAAACAAACACCUUUGCACACUACAAAACUGCAGAGUGAUGCUCCAUAUUCUGUGCUUAAAAUCUUUGGAAACAUCCUAGAGGUAGUAAAUAUUCCCUUAUGGCAAUCCACUUGCUUAAGCAUAUACAGUAUAUUUAACAUUUAAAUAUUAAAGUGAUGGAAGCUUAUUGCACUAUAAUUUAGACCCUUGUAAUAUAAUUUUCAAAAAUCACUUGUAAUUUGUUUUCAGUCAGAAUCUCCAAUUUAGUGCGAAAAUAACUUUGACUAGAAAAAUUGUGCCUUAUAAUGGAUGGUCAAUGAAAAAGUGCUUGUCAUAAUUGGAAAAUAAAUAAUUGCCAAAAAUUUAAGAUACAACCACCUGCUACCCACUUUCCCGACAAAGUAGGGCACGUGACCAAUUAUCGAAGCCAUUUAACAAAGUGUGCUGGUUGUUUAAGCAGUAUCCAUAUGUACAUAUUGUGUUAAGAUUUAAAAUCCCUUGCAGUUUCAUACCUCUUCUGUGGCUUUUUGCCCUAUUAUUUAUUGUUUUUCUUUCACAAAUAUUGGUUUUAUUCAGAUGUGACUAUUCUUUAUGUACUAUAAAAAUUAAAAUUAACACUCA